GACCCGAUCACCCUUCCAUGGCUACACCGACUAACCGCCCACCUCGAACACAACGACAUCCCAGUAGCGCUCCUAAACCGGGCGCUCUUCCGCACCCUCAACUGGCAGGACGACCUCUUCAUGGACCCGUGCAUCGACCUCGACAUCGCAGGCCACCAAAUGGGCGGGGCGAUCGCCGUGCUGCAAGCCGCAGGACUAGACGAUAGACCGCGCAGCGUGACCGACACCCUCGCGUGCAUGCACCAGUGGCCCUCGGGGCCGAGCCGCUACUGGCCGGCGGACCGGGACUACCGCCUCGAAGACGCAUGGUGGGCGCCGGCGCACGUCUUCUUCGUGGCGCGGGGCGCCUACAUCGCCGCCCGCGACCAUCGGCUCUGGAGUCGGGGCCCGGAACCCGACUCCCCGGACAGCGUGGAGCACCCGGGCCACGUGGUCAUGGUGCGGCUGUUCGCGCACGAGCAGUAUUUCUGGCACAUGCCGUGUCCGCGCUUCCGGCAUGAUCGGCGCGAGGAUGGGGAGUGGGAGUGUUAUACCAUGGUGGGUGCGGAGGUGGACGACCCAGAUACCCAAGACGAGAGGGGGAGCGGAUUGCCGCGGAUGGUGCGCGUGAUGAAGCCGGCGCAGUACCUCGAGGGGAUGCUGCUGCUGCACUGGCGCGAUCGGAGCCGGGAGGAUGACACCCGCGGCACCUCCUGGGAGCUGACCUUCGACCUGCUCUGCGAUCUGGCCCGACGCGCCAGGCCCGCCUGCCUGCGGACCCGCGCCUUCCGGCCGGAGAUGCGCCGGCUGCUGCAGGACGAGAUCCUGGCCCCCGACUGCAAGACGGACCGCGAGUACGACUGGCUGUUCACGCGGCGCCGCAUCAACCGCGCCCAGCUGAUGUACCAGCAGUUGAAGGGCACCCCCAUGAUGCCCCAGUCCCCGUUCCCAGUCCUGCCCAGCGGCUUGCCGGAGUCGCUGCACGCAACGUACACCGCCCUCAUGAGUGGGAUGGAGCUGUACGAUCCCGAUUUGCCGUGGGUGGAUCGGCGCCCAGGCCUGUUCCGUCUCGAUGAAGACGGGAACAGAAUUGAGGGCUUGGAUGCCGAGGAUGAGGAGGAGACCGAUUCUGACUCCGAGGAAUCCCAGGAUCCCAACGAGGAGGGCUAUGAUGAUGAAAUCGAAGUGUAUGACCCCAGCGAGCCAGAAUCGUAG